GUACGCCUUGUCGGUGGGCGUACACCAUAUAUGGGAAGGUUAGAAGUACGAAACAGUAACAAAGGUCAAUGGGGAACCGUUUGUGACGACCAAUUUGAUAAAAACGAGGCAGAAGUGGUAUGCCGAAUGCUCGGGUUUCAAAAUACUGAAUAUGCAGUAAAUAUUUCAUCUUCAAUGUACGGGAAAGGAAUAGGUCCCAUACAUUUAGAUGAUUUGAAAUGUGCUGGAAAUGAGACUGACUUACUGCAAUGUAAUCCUAAUACUUGGGGAGCCAACAACUGUGAUCAUGAGGAAGACGUUGGGGUGAACUGUCAGACGCCUAUCCGGCUUGCUGGCGGAACUACAGCUCAUUCUGGACAAGUAGAAAUUCAGAACAGUGGUGGUUGGCAAACAUUUUGUUAUGACACUUUUGAUGAAAAUACUGGGAAUGUAAUCUGCAGGAUGUUAGGAUUUAGUACGGGAAACGCUGAAAUCAAAUCAACCAAUGGACUACAGAAUGUUGAUGAUCUGUUUGCGAAACAACUGUCCUGUAAUGGCACAGAAAAUGAUCUUACACAGUGCAAGUGGCUGGAACAUUCUUGUGCAAACAAUCAAAUAGUCGAAAUCAAUUGCCGAACUAACAUUCGCUUGAAAGAAGGCCCUCACAAUCAAUCAGGAAGAGUUGAAGUGUAUUUUGAAAACCGAUGGGGAACAUUGUGUGAUGAAUUAUUUGAUGACAACGCAGCCAGUGUUAUCUGUAGAAUGCUUGGCUACAAUCCAAAGUUUGCAAAAGGUUACGGCAGGACACGUUAUGGCGGAGGUGUUGGUGAUAUAACAAUUGAAAAGCUACGGUGCUCAGGAGCUGAAACCGAUAUUUCAGAAUGUAAAUCAAACCAAUGGGGCUCUCAUACCUUAUGUAAUCGCAAUGAAACAGCCUCUGUGAAAUGCGCAACGGAAUUAAGACUUGCAGACGGGCCAACUUCAUUUUCUGGACGUCUAGAAAUCAAGUCAUCUGGCGUUUGGAAAACGAUAUGUGAUAAAUAUUUUAACUUUGAUGCAGCACGGGUUGUAUGUAAAAUGCUCGGAUUUGAAAGAGGGUAAGUUCCGAACAAAUGAUUAGUAUGAGGGAAGACUGAGAGUAAUAAUGAAGACCUAUUUUACAUCUGAUAGAAUGAAAUGUUCAACAAAGUUUAUAUUCUCAUGACAGCGUUGCAUCAAAUUUAACUUUUAAAUGUAUCCUUAAAUAAUAAUUAGUUAAAUGCGCGGCCGGUGUCCUCUUUUCAGUAUUGAAAAGAUGCCUGUUUCACUAAGCAAAUUAUCACGUUUAAAACAAACAAAAAUGAUGUGUGAAAACAUAUUCCAUUCGACAUACCUGAUGUGGUGUAAUUAAACUGAUACAAAUCCGAAUACCUCAUACUUUGCUCAUACUUUUUUACAAACUUUCAUUAAUCAACAAAGUACACACGGAAGUCUGCACACUGUUAUUAAUGACAGAUCAAGCACAUAGAAUUUUUUGGUUACUAAAUUGUCUUUAACCUUUUCUAUUUCUCUAUUCAUUAUGUAAAAAAAUCAAAUGAAACAGCCUGUAAGCAAACGACGAGCAAUCUUAAACACAAACAAAACAUUCUGAAAACCAGGAUUUCGUCAGUAAAUAAUAAUUGAGCCGCACCAUGAGAAAAUCAACAGACUGCUUCCGUGCAGUCUGAUCAGGAUCCAUGCUGUUCGCUAACGGUUUCUCUAAAUGCAAUAGGCUUUGAAAGCAAACAGCAUGGGUCCUGACCAGACUGCGCGAAUGCAGUGAAUAUGCAGGCUCCAUAACCUCAGAUUCCCCUUGUAAAUUCCAGAUUGUUUAGUUCUGUCCAUUGCUUUCUCGUUUGGGGCAAACCCAUUAUUUUAUCUGGGGACCAUA